GGCAGGGGGCAGCCGCCGCCUCCCCCGCCCGGCGGCUCUACGCCGUUUGCGUAGCGUGCCCCAAGAUGGCGUCGCGGUCGUCGUCGUCGGCGGUGGCCGGAGUGCUGGCAGCGGCGGCGGAGCGGCUGGAAGUGAAGGGAGGGAUGAGGCGGGCGAAAGGCGGCAGCGCGUAGCGGGGCGGCUCCCGGCCUGCGGGAGACAGAGCGGAGACCGAGAAAGAGACUGUCGCGGUCCUCCGGCCUCCUCCCCCCUUCCCCGCUCCCCUCAGCCCCAAGCCGCCCCCUCGGAGCGGAGGAUGAUGAAGCUCAAGUCCAACCAGACGCGCACCUACGACGGGGACGGCUACAAGAAGCGGGCGGCCUGCCUGUGCUUCCGCAGCGAGAGCGAGGAGGAGGUGCUGCUGGUUAGCAGCAGUCGUCAUCCCGACCGAUGGAUUGUCCCUGGGGGUGGCAUGGAGCCCGAGGAGGAGCCCAACGUGGCCGCUGUGCGAGAAGUCUGUGAAGAGGCUGGAGUGAAAGGGACGUUAGGAAGAUUAGUGGGAAUUUUUGAGAAUCGGGACAGGAAACACAGGACAUAUGUUUACGUACUUAUUGUCACAGAAGUGUUGGAAGACUGGGAGGACUCUGUCAAUAUCGGAAGGAAAAGGGAAUGGUUUAAGAUAGAAGAUGCCAUAAAAGUUCUGCAGUAUCAUAAACCGGUGCAGGCCUCGUAUUUUGAAACCUUGAGGCAAGGUUGUUUGGCAAACAACGGCACUCCUGUCAUGACCACGACGUACUCUGAGAGCUCCGUGUCUGACAUCAGAUGACUGAAGACGUCCCCAUGAGAAAAAUUUUGAAAAUAGACUGAAACACGGAUUUCCCUCCCCUCCCCUUUUUUCACAUGCCUCCUCUUAUCAAACAAGGCAUGGGCAGCAGCCUGUGGCAGAGCAAGUGUUGAGAGUGCUGCAAUUUAGUGCAAGGUGGGAUUAUUAUUAUUUUUUUUGUUGUUGUUGGCUUUUUUUUUUUGCUUUUUUUUGGAUAUGUAUUUUGUAAAAUACAUUUUGUGCAUGAAGUGCCCCUUUCCCGUGACACCGCUUCCAUGGCCUGGCGAGCGAGGCUGCCAGUUUGGCCUCUGCCUUGUGUUCUGAAGUGUCCCGUUCGUGUCAUCCCAGCCAUAGCCACUUUUUUUUUUGUUUUUAAUUAAAAGACUUCAAAUGUGAGAUCAGCUCUUUUUAAGUCUUAGUCUGUACUGUAAGGUGCUGUUCAGACCUGUGUGGUGGUCACUUUCAGCGCAUAUGUAUAAACUUUUUUUAGAUGGAGAAUCUAACGUUUUAAUUUUGCGGGAAUUUUUUUUUUUUUUUAAUCCUGGUCUGCUUCUGAAAAGAAGGGUUCAUAAUUCAUCUGUUUGCCUUUUUUUCUGUUGUUUUUUUUUUUUUUUUAAAAAAAAUACACAUUCUGUGACAGUGCUAGUGGCUGGGCCAGUUUAUUCCCCGUUCAGUAUCUCCCGAUUUAGUGCAGUGACACUUGAAGUUGAGGGCAGAGUUUUGAUCCCCCGCAGACAUCCCUGCUGCUCCACUGCUUCUCCUCCAGCUUCCGCCAAGGUUUCCUGCAUUGACAUCGAAACGAAAAAAGGAGUUGGUCUUUUAGCACUUGGCCAAAAAUAAAUAGCCUCAGAAACGCUAUGAUAGAAACUGAAUUUCCUUGUCUGUGGUAGGAAUCAGGGAUUCGAAGUGGGGUCAAAGUCUGACAAACUGGAGCGUCGAUCACCAAUGCUGUUGUGCUGAUCCUGCUGCGUUCUGCUGAUGUCUCUUCUUGUCCACAUGCCUUAUACCGUGCUGAACUGGAGACUUGUAAUCUGUGCUAAAGCAUCGGAUCCUACUCGCUGAGUGUUACUGCACGAACCCUGGGCUGGAUAACUGUGUGUGUCCCUGAAAGGAAGUCCGGGGGGAGAAAUUCAGGUGUUGGAUCUCUUGUCCUGUGGUUCUGCAGCACUUACAAUUGCACCAUGGAGCAUGCUCAAAACGUUUAAACUCUCCCUCCGUGAAAGGUACAGCUGAUUCAGAGCAGAAUUGCUGGCUGGAGAAAUACACCGUUUAAUAGGAUAGUUCCCCUGAUGCAUUGGCACAUUUCCUUUUUUUUUUUUUCCUGUUUUUGUUGUUUUUAUUGAUGUAAGUUUCAUGCUGUCUUGAUUUGCCAACAGUGUUGUCUAGUUGGGAAAUAAAAUGGGAAGGGGUAGGGGCUGGGGAGUGGGUUGGGACAGGUACAAGUUUUGGGAGGGGCAUUAAUUAAUCCCUGGCUUGGGACAAGAAGUAGUUGCUGAAUUCAGUAACUUCUCCUUUGUCAGAGCAUAGCCAAGAUGUGAAAUUAAAUCUGCAGUACUCUCUCUCUUUUUUUUUUUUUCUUUUUUUUUCCCCCUCCUCUUUAUUUAACAAAAAAUAUUCUAAUAAAUACUCACUGUUCCGGAGUUUUCUCUCUUCCCGAGAAGCGCUUACAAUAUAAAAAUCUGCUGGAAAUAUCCAUGGAGCCUGGGACGAGGGGGAAUGGUAUCCUUGCUGCUUUGGCAAGAAGCUGUUCAUUUUAAGAUCCUAUUCUGUUCCUUUACUCGUUCUCCCUGCUUUCAUCAGCGUGGAGUAGCAAGGCCAAAAGCAGUGCCAGUGAUGGCUAACAACGAAAAACCACGCGUAAGGAAAAGCUGAGAGGCAUUAUUCAAGGAGUAGCUUGAAACCGAGCAGCUGGAAUUGAGCCUAAAUUACACCAGUUCAGUUCACUUCAACUGAGAGACCGAAUGUACGAUACUUUCUUACUCUGUGCUGAUCGGCCUGAACCAAACUCUCAAAAACAAACAAAGGGCUUUGAAUAUUGUAUCUGGAAGCCUACAAGAAAUUCAGCCAGUCCGCUGUCACCGAGCCGUGAGUGGCACUAACACAGCCAUCUACUGCCUUCAAUUGAGUUUUUUGUCUUUACUGUACAGAUUAGUAUGUUGGAAAUGCUUUGCGACGAAACAGCCGGUACUCCUGAAAGAGUAACUGCAGUUUUAAUAUCGACAGCAUGCACACUUUUGUUUUUAAACUAAAAAAUUGUUUUUACAGGGCUGUUAAACUGACGAUUUAGGGUAGAAUAUUGUUAAUGACUUGCUAAUGGCUUAUUUGUUUGGGUCAGAAAAAAAUAAAUUGUGCCAAGAAAGUGUUUUAAUGUGGCAUGAAUUGAUGCUGUUAACACAGUAACAUCCAGUGGCCGAUAUUAUGCCUUCUUAACUGGAAAUAGCUCCUGGGGUAGAAAUAGCCUUUAUUUACCAGAGAUUUCAGAAUGGGCCUUAGUCCUGUGCUGCCCGAAUCUCUCCCUGCCCCACACCAGUUCCCGUCCCCCUCAGCAUCUGAGGCUCCUCUCUGGUAACGAUCCAGCUGUGUGCCCUGGCAGUUUAGGUGAUUUUUCUCCAAAAAAUGAUGUUAAAUUGGUUUGGGACCGACAAUCAAACUACCUUUAUUAGUGACAGGAGUUGUUUUGAGGAUAAUGUGUGCUCUGGGGUCUGGACUGGAGCCUGCGUGCUGGCGCUGCGAGGGGCUGCUCUCCUGACCAACUGCGACCCCCCUCCCCAGGAACAGACUCAGACUCUCCCCCCCUUGCUAAAACUGGUGCUAUAUCGAGCCGGCCUUGGAGAUAGUGGGAUUCUUACCUCAAACCACGUAGUGUCUCACCUGACCCUUUAAGUCGAAGGUGACAAUGUGUCUCAGCUUCCCCUUGAAGAAUAACCUCCUUAGGUUGGCUUUCAACCUGCGCUUCCAUCUUGCUUGGCACUGGCCUCUCUGUAAAUAAACCAGGAAUAACGAUGCUCCGUUUAGACAUCCUCCGAGUCUGCGGCAAAUCCAUCGAGUCAUCCUCAAGGUGUGGGUUUCAGAUGCUUCUCUUCGUCCUCUGAAACCCAAUUAGGGAUAAAUGCCAGGCGUGUUGAUGAUGCUCAGCUUCCUAUGAAUUACUUAUUGGCAAACCUCUGAGCCCAGGGGUCUCGGUGUCUUCUUCCAGUGUCUUCUGUGACGAUUUAGGGGUAGAGUCAUUUCACUAAUAGGAUUGCUUUUUCCCUUCCUGCUUUUCAUACACGAAUUCAUGGUACGUACAAGAUCACCUCACUCUUGGUACAUCAAGAAGCAAGUCUGCCUGCAGUGAGGAAGAGGCGGAGAAUUCUUGGUCCUUGAAAGACUCGAGCACUGGAUUUCUCUGUGCAGCUCAGGGUCACCUCAGGGUCCCAAACUGAGCGAUGGAAGAAGAGGGAGACCCACUGCUCGGCGCAGGAGGGUCUCAGAGCGGUUCCCACCCUUCAACAUUCAUUCACUUCCUCUGGUAUUGUCAAAAUUAGAAAAAAAAUCCUCGUAUAGCGGAGUUGCAUCCUGCCAUCUGGAUUUUUAAAUGUAUUUGAGAUCUUAAUGGGAGAAGUGCAUUCAGCACUUCAACAUGCUUAGCCUCCUGAUCUUUUAAACCUCAAAAUACUUACAGAAAUCUGGGUCUCUGUCACUGGAAGUGUUUGACAGGCCAGUUUGGAUUACUGCUGUGGCAGCAAAGUGUUAGCUGGUGGUUUGAGCUGAUGCCGGGUAGUGGGUAAACUGGGAUUUGUUGGCUCCAGCAUGGGAACAGGAGGAAAGGGAAGACACCCCUGGGGCACCAGUGUCUCCAGCAACUGCUGCUGGAUUCUUCCAGCGGGGUUUGUCAGAUCCCAAACCUUUUGGAGGAUCCUAACUGAUGUGUGAAAUUCAAAGAGGUCCCUCUGCAGAAGAGUUCCAAGUGUAAUUAAACUUAGUGGAGCCGAAAUGGAACAUAUGGAGCUCUAGGAAGUCUCUCCAGGUCAGGUUUUGGUGUGGUGGAGCAGGGAUUUCGAUGCGUUGGAUAACGGGAGCUCAGAAGUCAUGUGCGGUAGGAAACGUGCAGCACCCUUGGCUUGAAGUGGUUACUCUAAGAUGGGUUUGGGGUUUUGAAUUUGACGUUGCUCGUGCUGAGGCUUCCCAAAGGAAAAAAACCUUUCUUCAGUUAGUAACGUGUGUAAUCUCCUGUUUGGUGACACUUCCUCACAGCGUUCGAUAGUUGUGCCGCGCAGCUGUGUGUGCUGCUGUGUUGGUGCCUGGCUGUGCGAGGGUGUGAUGUGACACUGCCGGGCCCGGGAGGUGACUCAUUUUCCUUGGAGAUGCCUAGAGAAGGCUGAAAGAAGGGUGGGUUGUUUUUUUUUUUUCCAUUCUCCCUGAAAUCUGGCAUUCUGGGCUGUUGGAGUACUUCGGGUUGCUUCACAAAGACGUCUUUUGGUUUCUUCACAAAGAUGGAUUGUUUAAGUCUAGACAGAUACUGGGUAUUGCUACCAAUCUGGGGAGGAGGGGGCUUGUACCUCUGUUAUCUCUGCACAGUGGUUUUCCUUCUUACCAGCACUGGCCGAGCUGGUUUGUGCUCCCUUGGGGUGAGCCAGGGCUGUUGGGCAGAGCUCAGAGAACCCUCCCUCGCAACUGCGGUGGCUUCUUAGAAGUACGAGUGGCAUUGCCUCUCCAGGUUUGGCAUUUCCCUCUCCAGGUGUACCAUUCCUUUUGAAUUAAUGGCUACUUUGCAAGCUAAAAAUGAGAUUUAUUUUUUUUCCUAGUUAAAAACACAUUAGAGUUUGAACUGUAGGAGCCCUCCAGGACUUGAGGCAGGGAUGGCUGAGAAGGGGGCAGGACAUGAUGGCUGCGUGGGAUACAUGUUACUUGCUCAUGAUUUUGGACUCUCGGGACAAGACCUGUGGUCUCUGAGUGGUUUUACAGCUGAAAUAUCUUGAGUCUGUCGAAAAGAGGGUGUGGGCUGAGGUGUUCAGGGAGUGGGGCAGUUGCAUCACCUGCAGCGAAAAGAUAAUUCAGAAGUUGCAGAUGGUCAGUUCAUUUGUGUUUGAUGCUGUUAAACAGAGCUGACGUCUUAGAGUGGUAUUACUGAUAAACUCCAUUAGCCAGUAAUCGUAAUUAAAAUAGAAGGGGAUGAAAAUAUGGGCUUUAACAGAAGAGCACUUCCUAAUGAGGUUUUUUGAGCUGCUGCGGGGAUUGGAUGGGGAGAACACAUCUGGCUUGUUACAAUCUUGUUAUUUCUUCCCCCCAUCAGUAGGGUGAGAUGCAAGAAAUACUUGGGAGUGCACAUCCUUGGUAGUAAAACCUGCUGGGAUCUAAUUGAGUUUUUCUGUGUAGGUUACACUACGAGAAACUCUUGGAUUUCAGGUGAAGGAUGCCAUCUCCUGCCUCGCUUUGCCGGAGGAAGGCGCGGGGCAGGUGAAGGCACUUGCUGUCUCUCCAUCAUCCAAAAAUGCAUCCGUUGGGAUUUAUUUCCUUUUUCUUCCGUUCGGGGGACGCGGUUCCUUCUCAGGGUGCUUUGGUUCCCUCUUGGUAAGGCAGGUGUGUGCUCUAAGGCUGCUGUGAAGUCAAAGGGCUGCGUGGUGCUGGUGGGGAAGGAGCAGAGCCCGACCCCGGGGGGGUUGUGUGUCCGACCUCCUGCUCCCCUGGGGGGCUGCGUCUCCUCCGACGGUGGCCUUCGGCCUCGCUGCUGCGGAGGAAGGUAAGAGCUCUGGUUUGGGGGCUGGAAAGGAACUGCUUUCCGGUUCCAAUUCCAGAAAAAAACUGCGAUUUAAGUGUUCACAUCAGCUUUUUCCUCAGCAGAUGGAUGUGUGCACUUCCCAAAUUUCUCUGCAGCAAGAAGGGAGUUGAAUCCAGCGUGGUCCUGAAUGUGCCUUAAAGCAAACUCUACAAACUGAAAAAUGACAAGGGAUCGGAAUCUGCUAGUGUUGCUUUUUUCCCUUGUGCAGACACACAAAGCAUUCAGUGGCUAAAAAUGUGGGUAGGGAAUGUCAGGAAUCCUCAGUUCCCUUCCCAGAUCUCGCCCGGACUUUGGGCCUCUGCCUCAGCUUUUCCAUGCAGAAAAUGCAGUCACCGUUUUGCAACUCUCUGGUUGCUCCAGAAAAGCAAAAUAUUUGAAGGUGCCCAGAUGGAGUAUUUGCCUCUCCGGGUUAGAACAACUUCAGAUUUUCUCCCUCGUUCUCAAAAAUGCUGUUUUAUCCCAAAUGGAUGCGUUUGUGCUUUUCAGACAGCUGGAUGCAAUCUUUGUACCUGUGCGAAGGAGACGGGGGUGAAAGAUGGGUUUGAAUAUUUAACUUUCCUGGAGUAGAAGCUGCAGCUGGUGCUGGUUCUUGGGAAAGGAUCAAAAUCAGUGUCUUAGCCAAACUUGUACCAAGAAAUGAAGUUGUUGCAGAUGCUUUUUGGUGUGAAGAACUCUUACCUUACAGAGAUACUCAACAACUUUGUGGAAUCCAUCCCCUGCUCUGGUCCUGCUUUUAAAUCCCUGGGUUUUUCCUCCUGGCUCUCUCCUCCCUGCUUAAUAAGACAGCAUCAUCUAGUGGCUGCAUCACGGCCUGGGGACGCGGGUGACCUUCCUUCUGGUGUCUCUCAUCCUGGCUCGGUGUCAGAGGCUGUAACACACAGACAUAUGGACGUUCCUCGCUUUUUCUUGGUGUUGGGAUGAAUUUAACGCGGUUAAGAGGGGACUCGGCCUCAGUGGUGGAAGGUGGUGUGUAGAUACGUGUAGUGUUUUACUGGGUGUAGUGUCAUGAGCUCUGUACAUAACUGAGGGAGGUGUAGAGGGGUGAAAAAAGAACACUUAACUGGAUUGAAGAUGUAUUUAGGAGAUGUAUAAAAUCUCUUUUUGGUGCUAGUUGAUAGGGUUGGGGUUUUUUUUUCUUUUUUUUCUUUUUUUUUGUGGGAAAGUGAGAAUUUUGAAGUUAUACUUGAGAAAUUGGCUCUAGAAUUGCCUCACAUUAAUCCUGGGAGGUCCAAGAGUGUUUGCAGAACUUCCUCUAUGUCCUGUUUUCUAUUUAUUAGAGCAGAAGAUCUGGAACGAUCACUUUGCAUUUUCUGUUCAGCCCUUUCAUGAACUCUUUGUACCCGAGACCCCCCCCGAGCCAGAGAGCGGGAUCCUAGUGCCUGGCAGAGCGUGUGCCCGGUGACGGGACACAGACCUGGGCACAUUGUCCUGCUGAUGGCACCACCUGGAUGUCCGUGGGUACGAGUGGCUCUGCCUUAGGCUUUUCCAUUCCUCAUGGCACCGAGGUACCUCCAGGACCAGAGCUGUGGGGCUUUGGCCGUCUCUCCUGGUUGUGUCUCAGCCUCACCCUCAUGACCAAGGAGAAGGCUUUGAUACCAACCCAGGUACCGACCUCUCCUGCUUGGAGCAGUCCCUGUGGAAAAUGGGGUUUUUUUCAAACCUCGUGGAUACUUUUUGGAGUCGUUCAAGCAUCCAGGCCUGGGGAGGACGAUGGCAGCAGCAGAGCGGUGAGUGAUCUCCUGGGCUUUCCUGCUCCUCUGUGCCCGGCUGGUGUCCGUUGGGAUGUCUCAGUGGAGGCUCUGGUGCUGCUGCUGCCCACCUUUCCCAUGGAAAUGGCAGAGUUUGGAGGAGGGAAAACUGGUGUAGAGAGCAAACUUGCUAAUUUAUUAGAAUUGAAAGAAGCCUAAGGCUUUCCGUGAUUAUUCAGUGAAUCGUAAGUAAGUUAAAUACUCAAUUCUCUGUGAAUUCUAGGUGGUUUUGGACUUGUAAUUCCCGUAAUCUGUUUUGGUUUAUUUUUCUGGCUGCAGAGUCCUGUUCCUCGCUCCAGCGCUUUGUGUUUCUAAUCUUCUGGUAGAGUUAACACGUGGGGUUGUUUUUUUUUUAUGAUACAUUAAGUCGAAACGGUUCGCAAAAACACUUUACAGCUGCAAGGGCACUUUGGAAAUCUAGCAUUUCAGCUGAUGCUUUUUUCUCUUUCUUACCGACUUGGACUCAUUCUUACUUAUGACAUGUUUGGUCGGAGUCAAAUGCAUUAGUAGAAAACACGUUCUGUUUCUGUUGAAGGUCAGAUCUUUGCUCGACCUGUGAAUAACGCGGGUGCUCUCCUGCUCCUGCUGGGUCUGGGCUGGCAGGUGGAGCCCAUCCCUACGUCACUUGGGUCUUCUCAUCCGUGGUGUUCCCCAGACAGGCCGGUGGGGAGGGGGGCUCGCUGCCCACGCCACACUCAGCUCUGGUGUCAUGACAACCCCCCCUCGUCCCUCUUCUGCAAAGGGUCUGGGGGUGUUUUUGGGCCAGAUGUGGAGGCUGCGUGCAGCUGUGCUGAGGGAGGGCAGCGGGCAGCGUGGUUCCUCUGCUGGAGGUGUGUGCGAGGUCGUCACUGUCUUUAAAGGAUUUUAAAAAAAAAUAAAAUAAAAUUCGUGGAUGCCAGUUUGACAAGAGUGUAGGCUGUAAUCUAGUGCCAACCAAUAAACACGCCAGUAUUUCACA